GCGUGUUACUUUUCGAUUGUGCUUGUGUUUUAAUUGUUUUUUUUAAUAUUGUUAUUGUUUAUCCUUUUCUUAUUUUAAAAUUUUUUGGUGUGGUAUUUUGUGUAUAAUUUUUUUUAUGUGCGUGUCUGUGUUUUUUUUUAUAUUGUGUUUUUGUUUAUUUAUUGAAGGAUAUGAAGAAAAAAAAUCUUGGAUUCUUUUUGGAAUAGCGUUGGGAUUUUUCUUUUAACUUUCUGGAAAAAAAAAUUCUUCCCUUUUCCUUUUUUUUAGGUAACAUUUUUGCAGUAUUUGGCGAUUGGUUUGUUCUCAUGUUCUUGUCAUUAAAGUUUUUGGUGAUUGGUUUGUUCUCAUAUUAAUGUCAUUAAAGGUAAACAUUUGCAGUAUUUGGCCGUUGACUUGUUCUUGUUUUCGUAUCAUUGAAGGUGGACCAUAUAGGAUUUAAUGGGCCAAAUGUAUCUUGGGUGCCAACUUUUUUUACUUUUCAUCGUGACUGCUGAGAUUGAGGAUCAAAUUUUCUAUACGGCUUACCUAUUUUUAGACCGUUGUACCUAUUAGGGGUACUUCCGUCUUCGCUGAUUUUUUUUAGGCUGCUAAUCGAUACCAUCUACUUAUGUAUUCAUGAUACAGUAUUGUUUUAGCGAAGAAGAUUCCGUGGCUGAUAGUGAAGUUUGAUUAUGAUGUGCUUUUCUGAUGCCUGCUGCUGCUCUCAAACUUUUCUUUUGGUCGUUAUUGCAAAUAUUCCCUUUACAAAUAAAUAAGCAAACAUUUUGCAGCAUUUGAUUUAGUCCCCCCUUUUGACUCAUGUAUUAUUGACAAACGUUCAAAUUGUAAUUGAUCAAACACUUUAAAUUCAUAAAACGUCAAUUUUUGCAACGGUCGUAAUUUGAAAAAGUGAGGCUAUGUAUGGACGGAAGAUGACGGGAUAUAAUUUACCUAGUUUUCUACGUAUUAUACAGUAUAUUACGUCGAAAACGUAUUAUACGUCGAAAACCUCCAGUGACAUGUCACUGCCCAACACUGGCCCAUACCGGCUCUCCGCGGUGCCUUGUUCACUCAAGGCACUAGUUCGGUCCCGGCCGGUAGAGUGGGGGUAUAGUGCUUCCCCUCACAUGCUAAGGUUUCGUUUGGAGAAACAAUAUAUUUUUCGCGAACCAUUACCUUCAGAGCUGAGAUUGGCAGUUAUGUUGCAUUAUCUGGCACAUGGAGAUAGUGUGAAAACACUAUCAAGAUUUUAUUUAAUUGGAAAAUCUACGACUUAUAAUAUAAUAAAUGAGGUUAGCCAAGUAAUUUGGGAAAUUUUGUCAAAGAAGUACUUAAAAGAAAAAACACCUGAUGAUUGGAAGAAAAUUGCAGAUGAAUACGAGAAUAGAUGGAAAUUCCCACACUGCAUUGGUGCGCUUGACGGAAAGCACAUCAGAAUUAUAAAGCCACCAAAUUCUGGAAGUGCCUUUUUUAAUUAUAAAAAAUUUUUCAGUUUUGUACUCAUGGCAAUGUGCUAUGCUAAUUAUACAUUUACAUGGAUUGAUGUCGGUGAUUAUGGAUCUUUAUCAGAUUCCAGUGUCUUCGAGGCAACUGGGUUUGCCCAGGAAUUGGAAAGUGGGAGAUAUUCUCUUCCUGAAGGAACAUGCUUGCCAGGGACUAAUAAAAUUAUUCCCUAUUUUAUGAUAGGUGACGCAGGAUUCGCAAUAAAAUCUUAUUUAAUGCGUCCUUAUAGCGUAAAAUUUGUUAAAAACUUUGAAGAAGAGAAUUUCAAUUUUAGAUUGUCAAGUGCGCGUAUGCCGAUUGAAAUAUCUUUUGGUAUUCUUGCUUCCCGAUUUAGAGUUCUUCUUGGAGUAAUUUCAUUAAAAUUGGAGACCUCCAUUAAUAUUGUUAAAUGUCUUGUAUGCUUGCAUAAUUUUUUAAUGAAAAGCGAAAUUACUGAAGAUGAAAAUAAAAAAAGCUACGCUAAUGUAAAACUUGUUGAUCAACUUUUUAAAGAAAUACAAAGUAAAGAAAAUGACAUAGAGGAAGAAGAAGAAGAGGAGGAACAGGAACAAGAAGAGGAAAUUUUUGUCGAGAAAAUAAUAAAUAAAAAUAAUAUAAGGAACACAUUGGCAAAAUAUUUAAAAGAUAACUAAAAUGAUCUACAUAUAAAUUUUACAAUAAAAUAUUAUAAUUUGAAGACAAUGAAAACAUUUAUUAAUUUAUUAAACAUGAUUUUUAAAGUUUUCCUAAUUACUGUAAA